GUCUAUUUUUUACAGCUGAACUGGCUGCACUAGUUCAGAGUCUUCAGAGUUUAUCUUUUUCUCUCCACAUUGGAAGAAGAAAGAUAAGCUCUGAACUAGUGCAACCAGUUCAGCUAUAAAGAACAGAUCCAUGAUGAUAUGAGCAGUUAAUGCAUUGUCUAUGGAUUUUAUAUAUCUAUGGUGUGAUGCCAUAUGCCAUAUGAAGUUUAACUCGCGGAUGCACAUGUGCUGGAUUAAUCUUUAUUAAAGUGAAAAGUUUAGAAAAAGCGCGCAAUAAUGGUACUGUCGCUAACAAUUGAUUCCAAGUCUCCUGAGAUAGAAUUGCUGAUAGUGACUGAGAUAAUUCGAACCGAGAAUGAGACAGAUAUAGAUAUAACAUGGAAAGAUUUAACGGGAGAUUAUUCUUCCUUAUAUGAUAAUCAUACAUUAUUAGCACAAUGUAGUUACGGGAUUAAUCGAUAUUUUGCAAGAACAAUAAAUACUACACUUUAUGGUGGUAUCUUCCCUCUUGAAAAAACACAAGUCGAUCAUUGGAUGUCGUUUGCCAUUGAAAAAUUGGCUGAUAUAUCAAAGAUGAAGGAUAAUUUGAAUUAUCUCGAUCAUAUAUUAUUAACGCGCACAUGGCUAGUCAACAAAAGUUUAACAUUGGCCGAUAUUCACGUAUUUUGCGCUUUGCUAAGCCAACAAUAUAUAAAACAUUAUGGAAAAAGUUAUGAUAACAUUACUAGAUGGUAUAAGCAUAUGGAAUCACUUCGUUUUGUUAAGAACGCCUUGUUACUCGUGGGAAAGUCUACAUCUUCUCAAGCAAAAGAUAUAAUACCUGAAAAAAAAGAACCUAUUGCUAAAGAAACAAAGACAAAGAAACAGGAGGGUAAAUUUAUUGAUUUACCUGGAGCUGAGAUGGGCAAAGUAGUGGUAAGAUUUCCACCUGAAGCAAGUGGUUAUCUUCAUAUUGGUCAUGCCAAAGCGGCUCUCUUAAAUCAGUAUUAUGCCGAGACUUUUCAAGGAGAACUCAUCAUGAGAUUUGAUGACACAAAUCCUGCAAAGGAAACUGUAGAAUUUGAAGAAGCUAUAUUGCAAGAUUUAAAAUUGCUACAAAUUAAACCCCAUAGGUUUACGCAUACCUCAGAUCAUUUUGAGAUAUUAGAAGAAUAUUGUACUAAACUAAUUCAAAAUGGUAUGGCAUUUGUGGAUGAUACCCCAGCGCAUAUUAUGAAGGAGCAACGCGAUCAAAGACAAAAAUCUAGAAACAGAACUAACUGUAUUGAUACAAAUCAUCUGUUGUGGAAUGAGAUGAGACGUGGUACCCCGCGUGGUCUAGAAUGUUGCGUUAGAGCAAAGAUAGAUUACGAGUCAACAAAUGGAUGCAUGCGCGAUCCUACAAUUUAUCGUUGCAAACUAGAAUCUCAUCCACGUACCGGAAGCAAGUACAAGGUAUAUCCUACUUAUGAUUUUGCCUGUCCAAUUGUCGAUGUUGUUGAGAAUGUUACUCACACUCUGCGUACAACAGAAUAUCAUGACAGAGAUGCUCAAUUUUAUUGGAUAAUCGACGCCUUAGGACUGCGUCGUCCGUAUAUAUGGGAAUACUCGCGUUUAAAUAUGACUUGUACGGUAUUAUCGAAACGGAAGUUAACGUGGUUUGUAAACGAAGGUUUAGUCGACGGAUGGAAUGAUCCGCGUAUGCCGACUGUGAGAGGUAUUCUGAGACGAGGAAUGACAGUCGAAGGUUUGAAACAAUUUAUCAUUGCGCAAGGUAGCUCUAAAUCUGUAGUCUUCAUGGAAUGGGACAAGAUAUGGGCUUUCAACAAGAAAGUCAUCGAUCCGAUUGCUGUCAGGUAUACUGCACUAGAUUACAAGAAAUUGGUAACAAUUAAUAUAGUAGAUGCUAGGGAAGGGUGGUUGGACGUGCAAAAUCACCCUAAAGAUCCCUCCAAAGGUACCAAACAAGUGCGAAUAAGUCCUAAAAUAUUGAUAGAAAGAGAUGACGCCGAAGUAUUAGUUGUGGGACAGAAUGCAACCUUCAUCAAUUGGGGUAAUUUAAUGAUAGAAGAGAUACACACAGACCAGUCUGGUAAUAUUAUAGACGUGAAGGCACGGUUAAAUCUGACGGACAAAAAUUACAAAAAAACAUUGAAGAUUACAUGGAUAGCUGCACCAUUGGACAAAUAUGAAGACACUCAAGAAAAUAAACCACAGUCAAAUCCAAUAAGUUGUUACGCUGUUUACUUUGAUCAUAUCCUGAAUAUACCGGUUUUGGGCAAAGAUGACGAUUUUAAAAACUUUGUUGCCAAGGAUACAAGGAAAGAGGUUAAAAUGUGGGGUGAAGCAGAAAUGAAACGUGUAAAGAAGGGAGAGAUAAUUCAGCUUCAGAGAAAGGGCUUCUUUAUUUGUGAUGUUCCAUAUGCACCUAUAAGUCCUUAUUCAUUGCGCGAACAACCUGUUAUAUUGUUCCAUAUACCCGAUGGACACACGACAACGCCUUCUAUUACGCCUGUUGUAUCACACAACCAAAUGAGAGAUAAUAUACAACGCAAGAGAGCGAAUGAAACAACUGUGGAAAAUGAGAAAGCUAAAUUUAGAAAAUUAGGUCCGAAUUCUGACGAAAAAAAAUUUACUGAAGGAGUAAAUUUACCACUACAACAAAACUUAAAAGACUGUGAGCAAGGCGUCAAUAAGACGGAGAGCCUUUUAUUUGAUACAAUACAGUACCAAGAGAACAAAAUGAGACAGCUAAAGAGCGCUUAUAAAGAAAUAACUGGACAAGAUUGGGAGUUAAUUCAAAUCACAGAUACUGAUAUUGUUAGUGAUGCAAAAAGCAAAGUAAUAUUAGAACAACUAAAUAAACAAAUCAUUACAAUGCAAAACCUAAUGAAUUCAAAAGUCGACAAGAGCAUUAUCGACCAGGAAAUGAAAGCUCUCCUAAGCUUGACAAACGACUGUCAAAAUGCCAUUGAUCGGGAAGGAAAACAAACUGAAAUUACAGCUGGCGAUCCUGUUAGUAAUACAAAGACGAAGAAAAUUUCAAAAACAAAAGAAAUGUCUAAAAAAAUGCAGGAUCACUUGCGAGUUUUAGAAAACAUUAUUGAUCGAGAAACAAAAAACCUUUCAAAUUUGAAAGAAGAAUAUAAAAUGGUGACUGGUCACGAUUGGAAAUCAUCUCAAAGAGAGAAAGAGAAGGAGAAUGCAGCUACCAAUAUUGUUACUAAUAAUGUAACAAGUAAAGGAAAAGAGAUAGAAAUAUCUGAACAAAUAAAGAAGCAAGGCGAUAAAGUGCGAAAUUUAAAGGGCUCGAAAGCCGACAAGAGCAUCAUCGAUCGAGAAGUGAAAAUUUUGUUGAGCUUAAAAAUCGAUUAUAAAAAUGCAACUGGUCAAGAUUGGAAACCAUCUCAAAUUACUACAGCUGCUAGUAGUGAUACAGCGAGCAAGGAAACUUUUAAAGAGGUAGAAAUAUCUGAAGAAAUAAAAAAGCAAGGCGAUAAAGUGCGAAGUUUAAAGAGCUCGAAAGCCGACAAGAGCAUCAUCGAUCGAGAAGUGAAAAUUCUGUUGAGCUUAAAAACCGAUUAUAAAAAUGCAACUGGUCAAGAUUGGAAACCAUCUCAAAUUAUUACAGCUGCUAGUAGUGAUACAGCGAGCAAGGAAACUUUCAAAGAGGUAGAAAUAUCUGAAGAAAUAAAAAAGCAAGGCGAUAAAGUGCGAAAUUUAAAGAGCUCGAAAGCCGACAAGAGCAUCAUCGAUCGAGAAGGGAAAAUUCUGUUAAGCUUAAAAACCGAUUAUAAAAAUGCAACUGGUCAAGAUUGGAAACCAUCUCAAAUUACUACAGCUGCUAGUAGUGAUACAGCGAGCAAGGAAACUUUUAAAGAGGCAGAAAUAUCUGAAGAAAUAAAAAAGCAAGGCGAUAAAGUGCGCAGUUUAAAGAGCUCGAAAGCCGACAAGAGCAUCAUCGAUCGAGAAGUGAAAAUUCUGUUGAGCUUGAAAAACGAUUAUAAAAAUGCAACUGGUCAAGAGUGGAAACCAUCUCAAAUUACUACAGCUGGUAGUAGUGAUACAGCGAGCAAGGAAACUUUUAAAGAGGCGCGUACAAAUGCAACUGGUCAAGAGUUGAAGUCUGUCUCGAAUUUGGAAGUAGCAUCGAAAAAGAAAGAGGAGGACGCUUCUAAAUCUGGAAAAAUGUUGCAGAAAGAAAAUGCGAAAAGCGUGACCAAUAAGGAUAUAGAUGCAGGUAAAACGGGCACGAGAUUAGGAUUGGAAGCGAAGAAGGAAGAAAAUUUUUUCGACUGGUACUCGCAAGUUAUCACAAAAAGUGGUAUGAUUGAAUAUUAUGACGUAUCCGGAUGUUACAUUCUUCGUCCGUGGACUUUUGCAAUUUGGAAGGUAAUAAAAGAGUACAUCGACAAAGAGAUAACGGCGCUCGGUGUUCAAGAAUGCUACUUCCCGAUCUUCGUUACUCGUGGCGUGUUAGAGAAAGAGAAGACGCAUAUAGCGGAUUUCGCGCCGGAAGUCGCAUGGGUGACAAAAUGCGGCGAAUCGGAUUUGGCAGAGCCUAUAGCUAUACGACCGACUUCGGAAACUGUCAUGUAUCCAGCUUACGCCAAAUGGCUGAGAUCGGACACCGAGUUACCGCUCAAGCUCAAUCAAUGGAAUAACGUUGUGAGAUGGGAAUUUAAAGAUCCCAAACCUUUCUUACGCACCAGAGAAUUUUUGUGGCAAGAGGGUCAUACCGUAUUUGCUACAAAGGCAGAAGCGGAGGAGGAAGUAUUGAUUAUCUUAGACAUAUAUGCCAAAGUUUACGAGGAUUUAUUAGCCGUCCCUGUUAUUAAAGGCCGCAAAACUGAAAAGGAGAAAUUUGCGGGAGGCGAUUACACGACUACCGUCGAGGCAUUUAUUUCGACCAGCGGUCGUGCGAUACAGGGAGCAACGAGUCACCAUCUGGGGCAAAACUUUUCCAAGAUGUUUAACAUUCAAAUGGAAGGUAUCGCGGAAGGAGACGAAAAGACAUUUGUCUAUCAGAAUUCUUGGGGUUUAACUACACGGACAAUCGGAGUCAUGAUAAUGGUACACGGAGACGAUAAAGGUUUAGUGUUACCACCGUGUGUAGCAUCUAUACAAGGUAUUGUUAUUCCUUGUGGCAUAACUGCAAAUAUGCCUAUGAUAAAGAGAGAGUUACUUCAAGGCGAAUGCGUCAAGUUAGUCGAUGAAUUAAGUAAAGACGGCAAAUUUAGAGUGAAAGGUGAUUUUAGAAAUAAUCGAACGCCCGGAUGGAAGUUCAACCACUGGGAGCUAAAAGGCGUACCAGUGAGAAUCGAAUUAGGCCCGAAAGAUAUGGAGAAGAAUCAAGUAACAUUCGUACGAAGGGAUAACUUACAAAGAACAACUGUCAAGAGAGACAUGGUAGCUACAUCAUUAGAUUGCUUGUUAAAAGAUAUACAAGCACAGUUGUUGUCGAGAGCUAGAGAGAAUCUCAUUGCGCAUAUCAAGCAAGUGGAAAAUUGGAGCGAUUUCUGUACCGAGCUCAAUAAAAAGAAUUUAUUAUUAUCACCUUUUUGCGGCGAGCCGACGUGUGAAGAUAACAUUAAAGCGGAUAGCGCGAGAGAGGAUAGCGGUGAUGAACUUGGAGCAUUAUCAAUGGGCGCCAAAAGUCUUUGUAUACCAUUUGAACAGCCAAAAUUGACAAAACCACUAGAUGAGCUAAAAUGUAUUCAUCAUAGUUGCAAAAACAAAGCAAAGUUUUAUACACUUUUCGGGCGUAGCUACUAAUACAUAGAUAAAAGUGAUGUUUGUUUAUGGUAUAUUAUAAUUUAUAAUUUAUAUACAAUAAGCUUUGUUGGAAUGGACUUUCUGAUGUGAGUAAAAUAUGGAAUUUAUUAUAUAAUUCAAAAUUGUGUCAUUCUAGAUACAUUUUUCGUCAAUUUAUAGAAUUAUGAAUUAAAAUAUUUUUGUAUAAUGCAUGCAAA